CGCUCCCCCAAAUUCCCUUCACUUUGAAAGGCCUGACUCCAAAGACUUGUUUGCUAUUGGUUUCUCCCUGGGAGGGAAGACAGCUUAAGAGGAAGGCAGUGGUACUUUUGUUCAUGUUACACAUGAGCUAUGGCUUACCCACCAUUUGGAUUCCUACUCUACUGUUCGGAGGCGUUGAACUAGCAGCCUGGAGAACUUCAUCUUGGGUGAACACCUGAAAGUACUUGAGGAUUCAGAGUCUCACUCCUGUUCUUCAGCGUAACCACCCCCACGUCUGAGUUCUAAAAUCACUUGAUCCAACCGAAGAGCCUCCAGAAAGAACCCAAGGUGUAGAGAACCUGGGUGUUUGGCUUCCCCCUUGCCCGUCUGAGGGAAAACACUGACUCGGUCCUUGUCAAUUAAUUUGCUUUAUGAACCCAGUUGACCUGGCACGUAAACCGUCUUGGGCCCAUGUUUGCAUAUCUGCUCAGUUAGGCCAUUCGCUCGCCUCAUUCCUUCCUGAUUCGAACCUGAUCCUACUUACCUCCACCACUGGAAUGAAGCUGCCAGUGUUAAGUAGGAGAUAGAUGCUCCUCAGCCUCUGAAAUGAAGGAUAACAAUUCGAUAUCAUGUUGGUUGAAACUCUGGUGUCCUUUUCAGUUCUUGGAGCAGAAAUAUGGCUAUUACCACUGCAAGGACUGCAACAUCCGCUGGGAGAGUGCCUAUGUGUGGUGUGUGCAGGGCACCAACAAGGUUUACUUUAAGCAGUUCUGCAGGACUUGUCAGAAGUCGUACAACCCUUACCGAGUGGAGGCCAUCACCUGUCAAAGUUGUAAACAGACUAGAUGCUCCUGCUCCAUAAAACUUCGCCACAUUGACCCUAAACGGCCCCACCGACAAGAUUUGUGUGGGAGAUGCAAAGGCAAGCGCCUAUCCUGUGACAGCACGUUCAGCUUCAAAUAUAUCAUUUAAAUGAAUGUAAAACCCAGUCCUGCCGACCGUGUGCUAGUGGAGCAGACAAGUGAGCUGCGUGUGCCCCUUCUCCUUUUUGCCUCCUCCUCGUGCAAGGCUGUGUUUCUUGACAAAACCUUUAAAUAAAAGAAUUGCAAAACAA